AUGAUGAACUCGACCACAGUGCAUGCAAAGCACGAGCACAAAAUCGCGAGACUCGAGAACCACCAGCUCUCCGACUUGAUACCUUAUGGAUCCCUAGUUAUCACCCUCAGUCUUCUUCUUAUUGUGUUACUCUCCAAUAUACUAGAACGAUGGCUUCUACGACUUUUAUACGGCAAAGUUUGGCUCGAUCUAGAAAGGCCUGAGAAUGAGAGGCGUCGUCGCUCUUUCACCUACUUCCACCUCGGCGCAAUAACCAUGUUCUCGCUUCUCUGCGUCGGAGCCUAUCCCGUACUCUCAUUCAUUGCUGGACCUGCCGAGUUCUCGACACCCAUCAGCAAGAAAAGGAGCGACAUCACCGUCGGCGAUGUCAUGUUCCUAUUCUCCGAGAUUUACAGCGCCUAUUAUAUUUUCGAGCUGUGUUUUCGAACCAGGUUUGCCAGCCCAAUCAGCAUCGCCCACCACUUCGGCCUCCUCAUCAUCACCCAAACGGCGCUAUCCCUCUUCGCCAGUCCCGAGCCACGCUCUGGUGCGGCACUGGAGUUUUACAUGUGCAUGGUUUGGGGCGCCUUUGAUGUUGUAGUCGAGCUUCCUAUUUAUGUGUCCAUGAUCAUCUGGCGCAUCAAACGUGGCAACCACCAGCUUCUGGCCCGUUUGGCAUUUGCUUGCUCCAUAUGGGGCGCUGGAGCGGCACUCGUCGAGACCUCCAUCACAAUUUACCUUCUCAAGCUGUCGUGGGAGAAAUGGGCCCUUGUGUGGCGAAUCACCACCCCAAUCAUCUUCACGUUGUGGAUUACAACACAGUUAUACAGCGCUUCAAGGCUCUUACAAAUGGGCUUGUCCGAGCGUUCAAAACAAGGUGGCAAGGAAAAGCUGCCUAGUGACGAUGGUGAAUCCGCCUUAUCAUCGUCAGUGAGACUGAAUUCUGCCGAGCCACCCGAGUCAAGGGGAUAA